GGUAAGACCUGCCAUGGGAGCAGUGAAUUCCGAGUUAAUGACGGACUGUCAACCGGCAGUAAACCAGGCGAAUCAUGUGACACCGGUAUCACUGGCAGUUAGUCGUGCCCGAGGAACCAGCACAGCUUACGGAGGAGGUGGUCGAGAGUCUGCGACCACAGGGUUUCUGAAGCAAUUGGAAAAGGAGAUGGAAGCUGAGGAAGUUUGGUAGCUGCUACAAGAGAAGAGAAGGAGAUAUGGAGAAGAGGGAAGGAAAGCAAGGGAGCAGUUAACUAAGCAAUUGGAAAAGGAGAUGGAAGCUGUGGAAGCGUGGUAGCUGCUACAGGAGAAGAGGAGACGUGGAGAAGAGGGAAGGAAAGCAAGGAAGCAGUUUACACAACUGGAGUUAGACAGAAAGGAAAAGAGGGACGCAGAAAACUAGGAAACUACACAAUGAGCUCGAGAUGUUGUUCGCUCAGCAGGAGGAGGAUAUUAAGAACAGGGUCCACUCAAAAAUGAUGAGAUGGUCGACGAACUGGAAGGGCAAGAAAGUGACGAGGGAAGUGAUGGUGGAAGUAACCGACGACGACAAAGACUGCGAGGAAGAAUCAGAAGAGAACGAAAGUGAGGAAGAGUGGAAAGAGCAGAGGAGAAAGAGACUAACGCAACAGUCCAGCCCACCAGUGGAGACUCCUGGGAAGGUUGGAGGCAAUGAGAAUAACAGGACCACAAGGUCAUGUAGUGUGGGUUUUGCAAAUCGGCAAUUAGAGAAUAACAGGACCACAAGGUCAUGUAGUGUGGGUUUUGCAGAUCGGCCGCAGCUCCAAGUGUGAUGGAUAGUCGGAGGGGUAGGAGGGUCACCCAGCGAGAAGACUGAAGUCCCCCAGAGAGAAUUGAAGUUUGGACGGAGAACCAUGUGGUGAUACCGCGCCGAAUCUGUCACAAUGUAAGAAAUCAGAGGGAAUUACUGUACUGAUGAAGAAGCACUUACCUGAGAUGAACACGGUUCUGCAGGAAGGGCGGACUGGGUUGUCGAGGGAGCAACAACGAGCUGGUCGAUGAGUUAUUUGAGCUAUAGGCGCCAUGUAUAAUUACAAGGGGCCGAAGGAGCCGAUUGGGUGGGUGGAGUUGUGAUAUCAGAAAAUGUUUGAGGAGGAUGCAGCUGUGCCCUCCGGAGGAGAUGCGGACUUAGCAUCCUGGGCAUAGUUCCAAGGGGCCGAAGGAGACGCUGGGGCAGUGCGGUAAUGCAGGUGGGGCGGGAGUAGUGAUAGGAGAGACCGUCGAGGCGUAUCGUUGAGGAGGAAGCAGCUGUGCGUUCCGAAGGAGAUGCGGUUUAGCAUCCUGAGAUCAGCGACAUGUGGGGUAUGCGACAUAAAUAUUGUAACUUGUAGGGUAUGGAAGCAGAGGGGAAAAAAAAAGGUACAAUUGAGAGUAAACUGUGAGGGUGAACUGAGAGGGUAAAGUGUGCACAUGUAUGCUGCUUCUGUGCGUCUAUGGGGAGGGGAAGUGGGCAGGACAAUUGGUGGAGUCUUGCUGCUUCGAUGCUAUGUUGGAGUCCGGGGUUGUGUAUCGGCCUGGGUCAAUGGGAUGAGCAUUCGGUCACCUGCGGUGAAAUUGAACAACAACUGCAAAAAGUUGAGGGUGCAUGCAUAAAGUUUCUCUGGCGACGAAUUCAAAAGGAGUACGGAGAGCUCGGAGAAGUAGAACGAGAGACGGAAGGCCUCGUAAGACGGAAGGGAGGAGCUUCAAGAAAGGAUGUAUGGGUGGACGGACGGAAGGAGCGAUACUCUCGUUCAAUUCCUCAUGGGAGCAGUGGAAUUUAGGGGUUAGCUCGACCAAGAGGGUAGCGCGAAGCUCGAGGUGGCGAUCGGAUGGUGAGAUCUGAUCUCUUCUGGGGGCAGAUAGGGGUAAAAGCCUAGAGAGUAGUGAACGGGAGGUGGGGGGAGAUGGGGAUGCAUACGGCGGAAAGGCUGAAGAAGUUGGAGUGCAAGCAGCUAUUGCAGGGAGAGGGUGGGGGGGUGGAAUUACCAUACGAUUACGUGGCUUCGUUGAGAUGAAGCUUGGGAAGAUAGCAACGUGAAGAAGUGAGUGUUGCAGCUGUCUGACCAUCCCUUGGUCCAAACAAGAAUUGAAGAAGAAGAGUCCCAAGGGAGUAGCAGAUCGAUACGUGGAAGGUUGCAAAGAGAUUUGCAGGAAAACGGAUGCGGAAGCAGAAGCAGCAUGAAGCAAGUGUGCGUAGGAGGAAGGAUAGUAGUUGGGGUUACGUAUGACGUAUGAUGAGGCAAUAUGAUGUGGGAUCAGCGAUCAGGAAGACCUACCUGGCAGAGUCCACAGCAGAGCUGUUGUGUAGUCGGUUGUGAGGUAGUGUAUAUACGGAGGAAGAAUUCUACCAUGGGGUAGCUGCCGAGAAGAUGCCGAGCGUAACCGUCGGGCAUAUGCUGAGCAGAUGGGUGCCCAAGUGCCAGUGCAUUGACGAUUCGUCUAAAACAUGCACAUGCAGUUCCAAACAGUGGGAUCUUUUGUUGCAAAAAAUACAGUUAAGAGAAUAUUAAGCAUUGUGUGUUUGGGGGGAGGGGGGCGGGGGGCACACGGAGGAUGGACUGAUGAGGCUUAAACAACACAAGAGCAGUGAAGAAGGAUUGAAAAGAGUAUAUGAGCUUGACAGGAAGGUAUGCUAUGACGAUCUGAUUCUGAUGACGUGCAUGGGCGUGCGAGGAGGGAUGGAGGUAUUGCGAUCAGUCGGACAAUGUCAUGGGCCUAUCUCAGUUGGUACACUUAUCUGUUGAAACAAAGACCUGAGUUUGAAUCUCGAUAGAAUCAGGUGAGUAAAAAUACCUCUGAAUAUACCUGGGGACGGUCGGUUCAAGGAUGAUGACAUCACAUGGAUCAUAAUGUUUUGGAAAUGUAUGUGAUGUUAUGGGUGGACGAUACUUAUGUUUGGAACGACGGGUAUAUAUAAACAGAAAUGCCAGGUAAACCGUAGGCAGAGAGGGAGAAGAGGACAACAAACGAGGGGCUGUGACGAACUGUUUCGUCGGAGUUUCACCUCCCUACUCGUCGGGAGAGGCUGAACAUACGUUAAUUGAUUGGUAGGUUAAUUGGUUAUACUGAGAAACAGCCGCUAGUGGAAUGUAGUCGAAUGAAGUAUGGGAUGAUGGGUCUGCAAUCAUCGAUCAAUUGCAUUGGAUGAAAGGGGGGAAUGAGGGAGAGCUUACCUGCUGCUGAAGCAUAGGGUAGGGUAGGGGUAGGGUAGGGUAGAGUAGGGGUAGGUUGUUUGGUGAGAAAACGAUGACCAAGUAGUCCGCAAAAUGCACUGAACCUUGCAAAGGAGCAGUAGCUAAAGAACUGCGAGGGAGUUGAAAAUUGUCUGUUGUUUGUGCUACCAAAGCAUUUGCAUUUCGGUUUGACGUUUGAACUGGUGGGCAUUGAUCAGUGGGCAACAGCUUAAUAAGGCUGAAGCUAAAGGCAAAGGGGUACUGAGAGUGGCAGCAUUUUUGACAUUGAGGAUGUGUUUGCAACUUUACACGUCUGUCACAACGAAGAUGUUUUUUUUUUGUGUGUGUGUGCUUUGCACACAAAAUAUUUAAGAGGGCAGCGGGAUGGAUUUUAGAUUUCUAAAUCCAACAUGGCAAACAAUCUUCUUGUGAAAAAGGGAAAAUAAAUUUAAUAAAUGUAC